AUUUCAGUCAUUAGCCGUAAUAGCCUCCCUAUAUAUUUAGCUUUAUGAAACACUGAAUUGGUUUCUUAACUUUAAUGAUGUUUAUUGAAGGAUUUGCUUAUGGAUUGUUAGUGACAAGUGUUGAGACCCUAAACGUGUCACCUCCAGCACUGGCAGCAGGUUUUAAAUGGGUUUCAGCCCCGCUCACUGGGUCCAUCUGUUGAACGUGUCAGACCACAGAUGUUUCUGCGCUUAUGAUAUAUGAGACCCGGCGCUCUCGGCAAGCUCUGCCGCAUGCUGCUUAAUUUAUGCCUAAUAGAUCCGGUCAUUUCACCUCUGAAGAAUUCAGUAAAUAUAUGCGUUUGCAUACUGUUGCUUCGUUGUGUCUAAAACCACAGCUUGUUUUACUUUAGCACGAACAUUAGUUCACGACAGCAUCAGCAGUAUAGCAAAGUCGCGAUCGCAUGACAGUUUUAACUUGUUGUUGAAUUGUACUAUAAUCAAGUUGAAUGGCAGUAUAAACACAGGGUCAUAAUUAGAAGAUGCCAUUAUGUUCUUUUCCUUAAUUUCUUUUUAAAAAAGAGAGUGGCAUGUGUUUUCUUUUUUGGGAUGACCCGAGAGGUCUCUGUCUCGCGUUAGGGAAUUGGCUGUUGAUGCAGGAGCCAUGGCUCAGUUUCACAAACUUCACCCUUCAGUGGGGGCAGUUAGACCCAGAAAUCUGCCAUAUUGCUCACAGUAAAAUGUGCUGGGAUCCAGUCUAAUCUGUACCUUGUCCUUGUUCUUGCUGUUUCUGUAUAACUUGAGCUGUUCAUGGUCUAAUGCAUUAAAUGAAUGGGGAUACACACUAUGAGCAACAUAUUUCAAGUAUUGAAAAUACACGAGUUUGCUCCUCACUAAGACCUCUAUACCAAACAGCAGCUCUGUCAUUGCUUUUUGGCAUUUCUGCUGGGCGCCCAACCUCUCCACUCCAUUUUAUUUUCUUGUCACUUUCUUUUCUUAUUUGUAUUCAUAUGCGAAUAGAUUUGUGUUUCUCCGGUGUUAAAAUCUGUCAUAUUCACUGAGAGUGGAAUUCCACGUCCAAGUACAGAUUACAAGUCUGAGAAAUAAGUUUGCUUUUCUAAUGAAUAUGUGUAAAAAUUCCAUUUGCGGCUCACAAGUUCAGCCAUACAUUCACGAGAGGGUUCAAAAGAUUGUCUUCCAAUGAAAUUCUCCAAAAAUGGAGUAGCUCUGCCAUUGUUUUGCACUGUAUGCGUUUCCACUGCAUUGUUGCUAUGACAACUUUAUUGUGGCUGUGUUUGAUUUAUGGUGGAAACACAUUCAGUGAGUAACACUUACACAUAUAUCUGUUUACCACCAAUGUGGUUACAACAAAAACAAAAAUAUUCAUAAUAAUUAUGUUCAGUUCAGAUGCUUUAGAGCAUACAUUUUCUGGACUUUUUUUUCUAGGCCAGCUGCUUUAAAAUGCAGAGGUAUUAAAAUUAGAACUGACAGCGAACAUUUUAUAGUGGUUAGUUGCUUUAGCGUAACGACAUUAACAUUCAGUAUUCUGGUAGUUUCAAAUAACAGAUGAUUAAUACAGAAAUGGAAUAAUAAUGAAUAAAAAAGGUAUUUGUGAGAAAGUAAUGGUUGUAGAUCUUUCAGUUUCCAAAUGAAAUGAUCAAAUCGUUGAGUAUAAAAUCAGCCAAUAUAUUUAGGUAUUUGUCUGUAUCUCAACACAGAUAUUGCUUAAGAAUUGGUAAAUGUUAACAUAUGAUGAAUCGAACACAAGCCUGAUGAGGGAUUCUAAAGCAGUUUAAUAUAUAAUUAUAGGGUAAGACAUUAGAAAAUCUAGAUAGUGUGUUUCAGGAGCUGCAAAGCUGUCCAUUUAUAGUAAUACACUAAGAAAAGUGUCUACAGGAUUUGCAUCACAUCCUUUCUUUGUCAAACCACGUGGCACUUGAAUGGAUGAAAAGAAACUAAAAUUAAAUUGUAAGGAACAGCGGUUCGGUCACAGGAAGGAUCAGUCGCCGUCCCUCAGCACGCCUCCGGCGCAGUCCACCUUCUCGGCGGCGGCCAGACUGUCUGCCAUGCUGAAUGGGAGGGAGCGGGUCUGUGCCAGUGCCCCGCUGGUGGAUCAGGUGGACGAGCUGGACGUGAAGUACAGCAUCGCCAGUGUGACAGCGGGCAGAGGAUUGGACAUCACAAGGGGAAGUCCCCACGACGAGCCCGCCCACUUCCUGGAAGCAGGCCCCUCCGGUUCUUGCGUGGUCCACGGUGACGGGCGUGGGGGGAGACGCACCAUCCCCCACAGGGAACAAUCGCCUCCUGCUCCUUCCUUUCCCCCCCCUUCCCCUCCAAAUCUGGCUCUGGGACUGAACCACCCGUCUCUAACUGACCUGCUCAGACAGGGAGGAAGCCCACCACUGGAGCCUUGUGCACUGAGCCCUGGUCUGGUGGCUCUGGAGGUGGACAGCGAGGAGGACGAUCUGCUGGCGAGUACCCCUCCGUCCCAUGCCCCCACGCCCCCCCAGUCCAGCAGUGUCCUGCAGGCCAGCAGUGGGGAUGAGCAGGACUCAUUUGAUGCUUCCCCCGACCUCAGCUGCAGCCGGAACCACUCCUCCACCUCCUGCAACCAACCUUCCACAAAGGAUUUUGGGGACCCAGGUAUUCGCCUACGCUCCUACUCCUACUCCACACCGAAGAUCAGCCUGGUGCGCUCUCGUUUCACCCCAGACACCGGCAUCUCCAACCUCAGCGAAGAACAGCGCACCAUCAGCCUGUCUGAACAGCCCAAAGAGAAAAGGGAGAUAAGGUUCCGUAAAAGGGCGCAGUCGGCUGAGGAGGAGGGCAGCACAGCUCUGGCCAACUCCCUGCAGCACCUCACCCUCUCCGAGUUCCUCAAAGAAAUCGAAGACGAAGAGUGGGAUAAAUAUAUAAUCCCCUCCAAGGCGGAGUCGGAGAAGUACAAAGUGAGUCGAACCUUCAGCUUUCUGAAGAGCAGGAUGUCCAGCACUCGCAACAAGAACAAGGCUAAGGGCAAGGAGAAGGAGGGCAAGGAGAAGGCGAUGAACGGGCACCAGUUCGCGCCGGGCGUCGGCUCGGGCCCGACGCUGUGCCUGGUCUGCGACAAGCCAGCUGCGGGGAAGGACCUCCUCCAGUGCUCCAACUGCACCAUCAACGUCCAUAAAGGCUGUCGAGAUUCCGCCACAGCAUGCAUGAAGAAGCCUCAGGACAAGUAUGCGGUAACGACGAAAAACAAGACUGCAUCUCUUCCACACAGUUCAACACUGAGGGACAGUCCAGCAUGUCACAUCAACUCCUCUGCCUCCCUCCCAGCCAUCACAUCCAAAGAGAGGAAGGAACCCAGCAUCCCCCUCUCCAAGAGCCUGUCCUCCACCACAGAUCGGGCGCUGAGUGACAGUGCGGAAGCUGACACAGAAACCAGCGUUUGGGGGAGCGUCUCUCAGUCUGAGGAGAUACUGCAGAUAGUGGAGCCACCAUCCACCACAUCCUUUGUCAGUGAAGAUGCUGUGGACGCCCCGUUGCGAGGUGACCUCAGGGCCGAUUUACUGGACUACGAGGCAGAAUCCUGGAGUCUGGCCGUGGACCACAAGUUCUGUAAGAAACACGAUAAACGGGUCAUCAAGAGACAGGAUGUGAUUUACGAGCUGAUGCAGACGGAGAUGCACCACAUCCAGACCCUGACCAUCAUGGCAGAGAUCUUCCGCAAGGGCAUGAAGGAGGAGCUCCAGCUGGACCACUACACCGUGGACAAGAUCUUCCCCUGCCUGGACGAGCUCUUCGACUUCCACAAGAGCUUCUUCUGCGCAAUGAAGGAACGGCGACAGAGCAGCAGUCAGGGGGACAACAGCAGGAACUUCUGCAUCGAGAGGAUCGGGGACAUCCUCCUGCAGCAGUUUUCCGAUGACAACGCGGCGAAAAUGAAGCAGGUGUACGGGGAAUUCUGCAGCCACCACACCGAGGCGGUGAACUUCUUCAAAGAGCUCCAGCAGCAGAAUAAGAAAUUCCAGGCCUUCAUCAAACAACAAAGUAAUAACUCUUUGGUGAGGAGGAAGGAGAUCCCUGAAUGCAUCCUGCUUGUAACACAGCGCAUCACCAAAUACCCUGUUCUGCUAGAGAGGAUCCUGCAACACUCUCAGGAAGGCACAGAGGAGCACGCUGACCUCUCCAGGGCCUUGGUGCUGAUCCGGGACGUCAUCGCGGCUGUGGACCUAAAGGUCAACGAGUACGAGAAGGAGCAGAAGCUUCUGGAAAUCCUCAACCGCAUGGAGAACAAGAGCUUUGCCAAGCUGAAGAACGGGCACACCUUCCGAAAGCAGGACCUGCUGAGCCAGGCCCGGACGCUGAAGCAUGAGGGGCUGGUGUACUGGAAGACUGCCACUGGCAGACUGAAGGAUAUCCUGGCUCUCCUACUUACCGAUGCUCUGAUAUUCCUACAAGAAAAGGACCAAAAAUAUGUAUUCGCUGCUGUGGACCAGAAGCCCCCGGUGAUCUCUCUCCAGAAGCUGAUCGUGAGGGAAGUGGCCAAUGAGGAGCGUGGGAUGUUCCUGAUCAGUGCGUCAGCGGCUGGCCCGGAGAUGUACGAGGUCCACAUGGCCUCCAAGGAAGAUCGAAACAACUGGAUGAGACUGAUUCGGGAGGCAGUGGAGAGCUGUCCUGAGGAAGAGGAGGAGAGAAUCAGCGAGUCUGAGGAAGAUAGGCGGGCAGCUGAAGCCCGCGCCCACAAGAUCCAGAGGCUACAGGAGACGCUGAACUCCCAGGACCAGCAGAUCUGUGCCGGCCUCGAAGAGAAGCUGAAGAUCUACGCCGAGCUGGCGGGGCUGAGCGCGAGCGAGGAGCUGCUCUGUGAGACCCAGCUGCUCAUCCGGCCCGAUUCCGAUGAGGUUCCCCAGGCGACCGCGCUGCUCACCGCUGCUCUCAGAGAGGCGGAGAAGCUGACUGCUACAUUAACGUCACAGUCUGGCUCCUCCCCCAACGUGUCCCAGGAGAGCCUGGCUGAACCCACCUCCCCCAUGAAGCUGUCCAAUCACAGCAGCUUCAGCAGUGUCCAGGAAUCUCCCACUGAAUCGGAUUAUCUGAACACCCAGAGCUCCAGCUCGCUGUCCAUGAUGUCUGACUGCGAGACCAGAGACGUGGAAUGGGCGGAUGCUGUGAUAUUACAGUCUCUCACUGAACUCAAGAGAGGGGAUAUCACCGGGAUUAAUUUAAAGGUAGCUCACAGUGUUCAGAGUCUGACCCAGUUACUCUACAGUCUACAGGCAGCGGUGACCAUCCAGGACAGCUGCUACCAGGUGCAGAAGCUGCUGCUGCAGGAGACAGACCGGGCGGCGGCCCCUCCGGCGGGCCGCGGCCGGGCCCUGCAGGAGCAGGAGAAGCAGCGCAGCCUGGAGAAGCGGCGGGAGGAGCUGGCAGCUCUCCAGCGGCUGCAGGGCCGCCUGCGACAGGAGCAGCAGCUGUGGGAGCGCGAGUGCGACCAGCGGCGCCGCCAGCAGGGGGAGCAGGAGAGCCGGCUGGAGCUGCGGGAGCGGGACUGCCUCCUGCAGGCCGAGCGGCUGCGGCGGGAGCGGCGGGAGCUGGAGGCCCAGCUGCGCGAGUACCAGCAGGGCCUGGAGCGGCUGCGGCAGGGCGAGCGGCUGGUGGAGCGGGAGCGCCGGCAGCUGGAGGCCCAGCAGGGGGCGCUACUGCGCGGCUGCUGGAGGCAGGGCGGGCGGCCCCUAGCCGGGACCACCACCCCGGGCGACCACCAGGGUUCCAGUCAUGGGCGGUCAGACAGUUUUGAUGCAGAGAGCUCGGCGUUCCUUAACGAGGUGAACUACCCCAACCUCCAGAUCUCCCUCAACAACCACUGCAUUCCCUCGGGACAUGGGUUCACGUUGCCAGGCAACCGUAACCUGGCCAGCGCCCACAACAACCUCAACGCCCUCAUCGCCCGCACCAGCGAGAAGCAGGCCGGUCAGAGGGCGGACUCCUCCCAGCAUCACCAUAACAACCACAGGACGGGUCCCAUCGUGCUCCCGUGUUCAGAGUUUAUCAGCGAGACUGCGAAGGCUCAUGGGAAGGACCAAGCCAACAACGAUCUGAACACUCGUAGCUGCAGCAGUGAGGAGGCCUCGGUGCAGGAGGCGAUGGGGGUAUCGGGGGGGUAUCGGUGGGUCAUGCUGCCCUCCACCAACUACCCCCUCCUCAGCCCUCAGUCCUACAUCUCCUUGGAAACAGAGAACGGGGAGGACAGGAGCGAAGAGAACAUUGUGUACCUUUGAGGAACACUGUGUACCUUUGAGGAGUAUUGUGUACUUUUGAAGAACACUGUGUACCUUUGAGGAACAUUGUGUACCUUUGAGGAAUACUGUGUACCUUUGAGGAGCACUGUUUACCUUUGAGGAACAUUGUGUACCUUUGAGGAGUAUUGUGUACCUUUGAAGAACACUGUGUACAUUUGAGGAACAUUGUAUGUCUUUGAAGAACUUUGUGUACCUUUGAGGUGCAGGCCAGUCUGACUUGUGGAAUUCCCAAACUCUCCCCAUUUCAGCUUUACCGUGGAAGUCAGCAGUUUGUUUUUUUUAUUAUUUUUUUUUACAGUUGACUCCCAUUCAAAUGUUUAGGUUUGUAAAUAUCUCCCUGUACAAUAUAUAUAUAAAUAUAUGUGAGGAAAAUAUAUAUUUGUGAAAAGUUGUGUUUAGUACUUGUAAAAGUACAUGCAUAUGUAAUUUUAUUUAUUUGUAUUUGUCAUAUUGUAUAAGCUGAGGUUUCAUACAGUUGCUUGGUAUGGGAAAUCUGUGCCUUAAGUUCCUAAAUUAUAUACUGCAAAAAAUAAUUCACGUAAAAUUCAAGUUCUUGCUUUAAUAUCAUUUUAUCUAAAUAAACAAUUUUAGUGUUUAGUCACUAAAAGGAAUAUUGUCUUGUGGCCAAUUUUAUCUCAGAUACAAUUUUGUCUCCAUUUAAUGUAAUUUAUGAUUUUUCUGGACACAAAACAAUUUAUCACUGCAAACUAAUGGGGCCAUGUGAGAAAGGUUUUAUUGUAAUAAGAAAAGUAAUUAAAUUAAAUGUCCACCUUUUUAUCAUUCUAAAUUAAAAUUAGACAAUAGAAACCUGUUUUUCACCAGUGUGACCAUUGUGCCUUUUUACAGAAAUGUUCUUAAUAAUUGUAAUGUUGUGCCUUUCAUGUUUGUCCACUUAUGUGGUAGAGUGCUCUUAUGUGUAAUCUCUGUUUCUGUAUCGAAUUGACCUUUGGUCACUAAAAAGAUAGCUUAAUUAUUCAUUUGCAUAAUUGCAUAGUUUCCCUGCUAAGUUGCACAAAAUUGGAAACAGACAUUCUGAAGGUCCUAUAGAUUCACGCUAAAUAUAAAUGUGGCUGUUAUAAUUGACUAGAGGCUCUCUCUUAGUUGGCACUUGAUUUUCCACUAUGCAUUGUGGACCGUUUCCACGGUCACCACUGCCUUAUUCCUCCUCUUCACUUCCGUGCCUGAGUUUCAGAUAUUGAGAUGGGUGGGUGGAUGCUGUGCGUCUGUGCUGAAAGCCUCCAUCACCGAUGGCAGUGAAGUCACAGAUAUCCGGUAAUUAUAGAAGAUAGUGGUUACUUGGGAAGUGUUUUGCUUAAAAUAUUUCUCUCCAGUCCACUUGCGGACUUUGAAAUUGAUCGCAUCACUGACUUAUACUGUGUGCUUAUAUAGUUAAGUAUGGCUUCAGUUCCUAAUGUUUCAAGUGAAUCACUGGAAAUGCACCGCAUAAACAAAUCAUUAUGGGAUUAAUUACAGAUAAUUUUCGACACCAAGAACAUGGCUGUGCAUUACAUUUAAUGCAUAUCAUUAAUAUUUGAUUAUAAUCAUCAUUCUUGUAAAGCCAUAUGUGAAAGCACAGGUUAUUCCCUUCGACCUUCUUGAAAUGUAAUAUUCAUAUAGUAGAACCUCAGAGAGUUACGGACUGACUGGCCAAUCGCACAGAAGAGGGAUACAUAAGUACACUUGUAUCACAUCUUAUCACUGACAUUACAGAAAUGGAGUCACAUUUUCCAUUGAAAGAAAAUUUAAAAUACUUUUACAAUUAGACAAAGGGAAUGUCUAAGCGUUAUUGCACCAAUGCAGUAUGAGAAAGCCAGAAGUGAUAUGAAGAAGGGAAGAACAGGCCAAAGAUUGCGGUUCGCUGAGAUGUUGUUCAGAAAGCCAAUUUAGAAAAGAACAAUUAAUGUUCCCCUGAGAUGCCAGUUAGCACUGGUUUGUUUGUUGGCUAUUAACUUAGAUCAAGCAUUUCAUUUCAUGUCAUUCCAUCACUACCUCCCUCAUUAAUCUGUACACCUUGGAGGUUCUACCAUACAUCUGAAUAUACAAAUAACCCAUGGAGGAACGGUUUCCAUUUCACUAGACUUUCCACCGCAUUGCAAAAAGGUCUGCAAAAUACAGAAUGUUACUUCAUUUUUGUAAGAUAUGUACUUAUGGUUCUCCAUGCAUAUCUUCCAAGCUGCAAUGUCAAUGCAUUGUAUGAUGUGUCAAUUCUUUGUUUUUUUAUAUUUAUUUCUGGUGUUGUUUUGUCUGCUGUAAAAAUGUUUAUAGGUCUCAUACUGAUAGUUAUUGCAGUUUGAAACGCGUUCAUGUUUGUUGAAAACUUUGAAACAUGAUCGGUCCUUUUUUAUUUUUGUUGCUUUGUAUUCUUUUUAGUGCUGGCCUGUAACUUGGACAAUUUUUAAUGGAUUGUGAGGAAAUAUCAUAAAUUCUCUAGACCCAUAAAAGUCAAAUGCCAAAGUCA